UUAAUGAAACGCUGUGGUCUGGGUUGAAGAAGAUUUUGUGCUUUGCUUUGUUUUUGGCCCCCUUGGCCAUAUGAUAUGAUAUUGAUAUCUCUCUGCGAGUAGAAAGUAGAAACCCACCUACUUUCUGAUACCAUCCCAAAAUUGAAACCCUUUGUCACUCACUCAAGCAUGAAGCGGCAGAGGAUAGAAACAGAGGCGAGGGAGAGGAGAGAGAUGCAGAGAAUUGAAAGAGCGGAGAGAGCAGAAAGGAGAAACGUGAGCAGUGAGACUUGCCUAUCACCUGUUCGACAAAAUGCCCAAACCAACGCUGAUGACAGCAAGGACAUAAUUAGCAGUCUACCGGACUCUCUCCUCACCCACAUCCUCUCCUUUCUCCCAGUCGGAGACUCUGUCUCGACAAGCAUUUUGUCGAGCAGGUGGAGGCCUCUCUGGGCUCUUGUCCCUGUUCUUAACUUGAGCCAGGUAGCACUUGUAAAAAGAUACUUUGAUGAAAAGAAUGAUAAUUUUAAGUUUGCGGAUGUGGUGUCUAGAAUCUGGACUCUUCGAAAUGCCAUUUCCAACCCAAUCCCCCCACUACACAAAUUGUGCAUUCAUUGGUAUAACAAUUGUCUUCCCUUCUAUGUCGACACAUGGCUCCGUGCCACCAAUAUCCGUGAUUUGCGAGAGCUUGAUCUCCACCUACUUACUUCUCCUCAUCAACCCAUGGAGUUGCCCCGUACUCUCUACUUUUCUGCCUCAUUAGUGGUUCUGAAAUUGAGUUUUGCAAUUCAUCUCAAUCCACCUUCUGCUUUUGUUCUCCCUUGUCUCAGGAUUCUACUACUAAAUUGUGUUACAUUUGCCAAUUUCGAUUCUCUCUCCACCAUCCUCAAUGCCUGCCCAGUUCUUCUAGAUCUGACCCUCCAUGUAGAUGAGGAAUACUUGAAAAAUUUGAACGAGUUCAAUGUCAUUGUACUUGUAGCUACGCUGAAAAGAUUACAUUUACGUUGGAAUGUUCAGCCUUCGUCAAAGUACAUAUUCAAGAUAAACACCCCAGCUCUUGAGUACUUUCACUUCAGCGGUUAUUUGAACGGGGAUGAUGUGUUAGAAAACCUCCCAAACGUGGUUGAAUCUGUCAUUCAAAUUGAGGAUUGUGAUUCGAUUAAUGAUUAUGCAAAGAGAGUAUGGGACUUCAUGGGAAAACUCUGUAAUGUUAUAUCCAUGGAAUUGAGCACAAUAACCGCACAGAUCCUCUGCCAUGGUUCUAAAUAUGAAGAUAGGCUCGCAUUUCAUAAUUUGUCCUCCUUGAAGUUUUGUGGUAGCAUUUGGUUUGAGUGGUAUGCAUGGCAUGCAGUACGGCUCUUGCUUUGUCAGGCUCCAAAGCUACAGACACUUAUCAUUGAGCAUUCAUUUCUGCUUGGCUCUAAUCUUAAUAAACCUAACCCUUUCUUGGAGGAGCCACUCGAUGUUCCUGAAUGUAUGUCAUCACACCUUACUACUUGUCUUUAUAGAGGAUUUGGGGGGUAUGAGAUCGAGAUGGAACUUGUUAGACAAAUCCUGAAGGAAGCAAGAGUACUACAGACAAUGAAAAUCACUGUUUGCAGUAUUCCAAAGUUAAAGAAUAGGCCUCGGUUUCACAAGGAAUUGAGCAAGUUUCGCAGGAGCUCUCAGAAUUGUCAAAUUGCAUUUGACGAAGGAUAUUUUGCAUGAUGUGGCAUGUUGGUUCGUUCCUCUUUGAUAUUGCAUGUCACAUGCUUUGCUGUAAUAUCUUGUGGUAUGGCUAUAUACCUAUUUGCAUAUGAAAUUAGGUCCAUGUUUGCGUAAUUUAUUUGCUGUUUUUGCCAUGUUGAGUUUAUUCCUAUGGUACCUGGAAGAAUGCUUGAAGAUUUAAUUUGCAUUUGGCAUCUACUUCAAUUAUGCUAGUUUUUAGUAA